UCGAUCAGAUUGCACACAAAUUGUUCGGAAUAAUUAUUUCGAAAUUUUAAAACAGAACAAUCACUUUCGUCCGUUCUUUGCUAAUAUUUUGAUUGGAUUUGAUGAUAUUACACCAUGGUGACCGUAUCGUUCAGGGAAAUAAUAAUGUUGUACCUGGUAAUCACAACAUCGGUGUAUGCAAUCACUGAUUACUGCAACGGUAAUGACCAGGAAACGGGCUGUGAUGUUUGUUGUAAUUCUGGAGAGCAUAUUCAGUGUGGUAAAACGGAUGGAGAAUUUGACUCGCAGUGUUCAUCAAAUGCUACACUGAUCGAAAUGACACAGGAGAUCAAAAAUAUGAUUCUAGAAUUUCACAAUCAAAAACGAAACGAUGUGGCUUUGGGCAAUGUACCUCCGUAUGAAUCAGCCAAGCGUAUGGCCACGAUUGUUUGGGAUGAUGAUCUUGCAAAAAAUGCUGAAUUUCACGUACGAAGAUGCAUUUCUGCGCAUGAUGAGUGCCGAUCGACAGACAUAUUUAGAUCUCCGGGUCAAAGUAUAGCUAUUGAUUUGUAUGAGCUUCAUUGGAAAUCAUACGAUAACCAGCCAGACGAGCUCGUAUUCCAUUUGCUGAGCGGAUGGUGGGAUAAGGAGUAUAUGAAUGCUGAUAUGAGUAUAAUCAAGGACUGCAUUUUGCCGGAUGAUGAGUUUGACCCAAAUCAAUUCGGACAUUUUACGCAACUGAUUUGGGAUAACGCGAAUACGGUGGGAUGUGCAGCCUCGAAAUUUUUGUAUGAUAAUAAUAAUGGACUAAAAAAUGCAGUUAUGUUGACCUGCGACUAUGCAUUGGGAAAUGGUCCACACGAAAUGGUGUAUGAACCGGGACCAGCUGCAUCUGGGUGUGAGUCUGGCACAAAUCCCGAAUAUCCAGGUCUUUGUUCUGUGGAUGAGAAAUGGAAACAUUUUUACCUCAAUAAUUAAAACGGACAAUACACUUUCGAAACACAAAUACCACAUUUCUUCUGAAUUUGAUGCACAUUCAUCUAAAAGAAAAAUCCAUCAACUUUUUUUUUCAGAGAUUAGUUGUGAUCGAAGCAAAAAGAUUGUACUUUACUUCCAGUUCGUCAAUAACAUCAAUCAAGCGCGUGCAGCAACGCGAACGACGCCACAAUCAAAAUUCGCAAUCAGAAAAUAAUUAUUUUCAGUUUCGCACUUUGAUCAUCAAUUUAUGCUUGAUUUACAGCCUUUUGUGCUAUUUUAAACCAUAGACGAUAGUUUUUCGUGAACUUACCUAAGCACAUUGCGGUACUACACAAAUGUCACAAAUUCCUUGUGAUUAUAAUACAAUAGCAUCAGUGAUUUCAUUCAUUUUCGCACAUUUGCAUUUAUUGCCCCUUAUUUAUAUAAUGAAAUUCAAAUCUAUUCUAAAUUUAUCUCGAUUUGCAGGUGUUAUCAAUAGAAUAAGUGGAAAUAAUAACAGAUUUGGACUGAGCAAAAUUUUAAUGAAAUAAAACUUGUUUAAAAUCACAUGACAACAUGUUUCCAUCUGUAUCCGUUCAAAAUCAUUCGACGUGAAGGUAGUAGAAGUCAUUCGGCGUUGAAACACGUGUUUGAUUUGGUUUCACAUCGUACGUUGGACCGAUGGGAAAGUGAAUAAGUGAACAAUUUGUAUAUAUACUCAACAUUUGUUUCAAUCUGCAUAAACAUUUGUUUUUCUUCCAUAACACAUUCAUUUGAUUAUUAUCAACACGCGAUCCCAUCAAGUUUAUAUGGAUGAAUGCCUAGAUAUGAAUGAGCUCAUCCGCCAUAGUUACUUCGUAAUAAUUAAAAACUCCUUGAAAUACAAAUUUCUUGCUAUUUUUGGUGAAUAAUUAGUUACAUUCAUUUCCUUCGGUCACAAUAUA